AUGGAUGUCCCCGAGGCCCCGAUUUUUCCGGUCUUGACAGACAAGGUCGCAAUCAUUACGGGAGCAGCUCAGGGGAUGGGCAAAGCUACUGCAAUUACUUUUUUGAAGGCAGGGGCUAAAGUAGUCAUCGCCGACAUCAAGGCGGAGCAGGGAGAGCUGGUGGCCGGGGAGUUAUCUCACCUUGGAGAGAUACAUUUCGUGCAAGCCGAUAUCUCGAAAUCAGAGGAUGUUCAAAACCUCAUAGCGAAGACUGUCAAGGCAUUUGGUCGGUUGGAUGUCGCGAUCAACAAUGCUGCCCAUUAUCCGGAUAAAGCUCCUUUGGUCGACUUUGACGAGAAUGUUUGGCGCUCACUGAUGGAUGUCACCCUGACUGGCACGGCAAUGUGUUGCAAGUAUCAAAUGCAGCAAAUGAAGAAGCAAGGCAAGGGAUCUAUUGUCAAUAUCACAUCGAUCAAUGCCUACUCGCCGCAGCCAAAUAUGCCGGCAUACACGUCUGCAAAACACGCCCUGUUGGGGCUCACCAAGCACGCUGCGUCAGAGGGUGGCCCUCUGGGUAUCCGGGUGAAUGCAAUUGCUCCUGGUCCUAUUUACAGCGAAAUGUCAGCCGCAGCGCUGGAGAUUAUGGGCACGACCCAUAACGAAUUUGCCCCGAAGGUGACGAGUCUGAAUCGAUUUGGUCAGGGUCACGAGGUAGCCCAGGGCUCGUUGUGGCUUGCAUCUGAUGCCUCCUCCUUUGUGAAUGGGAUCUGUAUGCCGAUUGAUGGUGGUGCUCUUGCGAAAUGGUGA